AUGAGGCCGCAGUACAAUACAUGGAGUGCUAGCAAUAUAACGACAAUGAAGGUCAUCGGACCAAUUGAGACUGAUAGUUUCCCCAAUGCAAAAUUCCAAGUUGUCAAAGGUUCUACGAGUCAAGUUCACGAAUUCACUCUUGCAGACCUACUGUGUAUCAAUCCAUAUGAUUGGAUCAUGCUCUACAACUUGUUGCUGAGAGACAAGAAAAAGUACGAGCAUGUUAUCGCUCACCUCAAGUUCAUGAUUAUUUUGUAUAUUCAAGAGGUUGGAAAUAUGGAUGUGGAGAUAGCUGUCGUGUUGCAAAGGAAGCCUUCUGAUGUCCCUAAAGAAGCUCCGGAAGGGUUUGAGAAGUUAAAGCUAGGAAAAAUUUACAAAGAAAGCUGGUAUGUGGUAUUUCAAGUAAGCGAACAAAACGAUGUUGAUUUUCAUAAAGCAUGUUUCUUCCUCCCUGACAAACAUAUCUAUACUACUUAUUGUCUUGAGUUUAUUUUGGACCUCGUCAACAAAUUCAAGGGCAAUAGUGUGGGUGAAAAAAAUGCUUAUCGGACAUGA